GAGAGAGAGACAGAGAGAGAGAGAGCUAUUAUUCCUCACCUCGGACGAUGAACAGGGUAGUUGUAGCGAAAGGAGCCUGAGGAAGUAUUUUACAUUUGUGUGUGACACUGCUGGAAAGCUGUGGGAUGCAGGGAAUCGUCGUGAACAUGUGGAUUUUACGCCAUCUGCUGGUGCUUUUAAUGCACCUGGUCGUCGCGAGCCUUGCACAGCGAUUCUCCAAUGGCUAUUAUUAUCAGGACAUAGUUAAUGGAAAUGGCAAUGGAAAUGGCAAUGGGGAGAUGUACUUCCACAAGAUCCGUCUUCACGUCGAGUCUCCUGAAACGCUAGUGUCCGGCGUCCAGGGUAACGCCACGCUGCCCUGUCACUACCACUACGAGCCGGCGCUCAGCGCGCCCCGCCGGACGCGGGUCAAGUGGCUCUGGCAGCCGGUGAGCGGCGACGGGCAGGAGCGUGACGUCAUGGUGGCCAUCGGCACACGUCACCGGAGCUACGGAGACUUCAAAGGACGAGUGCGGCUCCGCCGAAGCGCCCCGGGCGAUGCGUCUCUCGUCAUCAACCCGCUGCAGUCCGACGACACCGGCCGUUACCGGUGUGAAAUUAUCGAUGGCCUCGAGGACGACAGCGUGACAGUGCAACUAAAGUUUCGAGGUGUGGUGUUCCCCUAUCACUCCUCCAAGGGGCGCUAUCUGAUGAACUUUCAUGAAGCUAAGGAGGCGUGUGAGAAACAGGAUGCCCACCUGGCCACCUUUGAACAGCUCUACGCUGCUUGGGAGGAAGGGCUGGACUGGUGUAAUGCCGGGUGGCUCAUGGAUGGGACGGCACAAUAUCCCGUAGUAGUCCCACGAGAUGUUUGUGGUGGUACGGAACUAGCACCUGGUGUACGGAGCUAUGGCAUUCGGGACAAAAGUCUGGAUCGGUUUGAUGCCUUCUGCUUCACUUCGUCCAUUAGAGGAGAAGUCUACUUCCUGCAACAUCACGUCAAGCUAAAUUUCACAGAGGCGGCGGAGGCCUGUCAGAGCGAUGGAGGUUAUAUUGCAAAAGUCGGCCAGUUAUACGCAGCCUGGAGGUUUGUGGGAUUGGACCAGUGUGAUGCCGGCUGGUUGGCUGACGGGAGCGUACGUUACCCAAUCAUCCAACCCAGGGUGAACUGUGGUACAUCAGAACCAGGGGUGCGCAGCUUUGGCUUCCUACCGAAGCAUUUAAAACACGGCGUGUAUUGCUACAAAAUCCGCUGGUAAAAUAUACAACUCUUUUUAAAUGUAUAAACACUUUUGUGAAAACCGCAGUGAACAGUACUUCUUUUUCUACACUACUGAUUUCCAAAUCAUAAUAAUGUGUUUGCAUUGUGUCUUGAUUUUAUUUGAAAUGUCCUGGUAUGCAUUCAUGUAAUGUAAUCUUUAGUUUUAUGCGGCGUUAGCCUAUGUCUUUACACACAAUUUUAAGCAGGCACGGAACAACCCUAACUCAGCGGUGUAAAGAUGCCUAAAAUAUUAUGUUGGAAAAUUUCAUUUCAAGCGCUAACUUGGAUAUUUACGCUUUUAAAAUGUGAAAUGAAGGUUAAAACUAACUUUAUGUGGUCCUCACUUUUUAUACAGCAUGUACAGUUCGGCCGGGCUAUGUUUUUAGAGCUAAAUCCUGAAAUUGGUGGUAGGUGAUUCUUUAAACACUUUUAUGGUCUGAUUGCUUGUAUUAUGUAGCAUUUUAAUGCAAAUAAUCAGUCGGUGCCAUCUGCUAGUAUUUGUAUGCAUGACGACUUACAUUAUCCGAGACGUCGUCAUCCAAAAAGCGAAAUUUCAUGUCAAUAAAUAUUUUUCCUAAAUAAACUA